AUGGGAGACGCCGUCAAUGUCGACGCGCAGGUGUCAGCAUCCCCGUCGCCAGAUAACUUAGUUGCGAAUACUGCCGUUGAAUUUGCCAAACAGUCAGAAAAGCUCUCUCUCGAGAAACCCUCGGGAUCCGAUAACCCAACAUCGGCCGCCGUGCGAGCGCAAUUCGUUACGCCCGCGGAUGCCGUCAUAGUCACUGAGGACGGCAAUCGGCUCCCCGGAGUCCCUCUCCCAGAGGCACAUAAACUCAAUUAUUUGAGGGAUGAAUUACGCAAGGAAAUAGAAAACCAAGCCGCCGAUAACGAUAAGGAAGAGAAACCCGCGUCCCGGACGCAACGCGACGAUGCUGGUUUGACGACUGAGCUUCUUUCGAAAUUACCCUCUCAUGAAGACGGUGUAGUCUCGCAAGAGGCUACUCACGACCUACACGAUUCUAUGCCGCCAUCACAUACAAAUCCUCUCUUCCCCCCACUUCCAUUAUACGGCCCCCCCUCCAUCCUUCGCGAUCUUCAAUGUUGGACAUUUCGGUUCUCAUCUUUUUUUCUCAGUGCAGCGUUUCUCGGUGUGAUAGUGUUAGGGGCUUUAUUUACAAGCAUACCUAAAGCAUGUAAUAGGAUUUGGUUACGUUUUACUUUUCGAAAUCCGGAUACUUCAAGGCCGCUUUAUGAAGAAGAAACUCGGCGAAAUAGCACACGGCAAGAACAAGAAAGAUUGUGGAAAAGGAGGAUAUCUAUAAGUCGAGGCAAUGAUGGCCAGGAAUGUCCGUUAAGUAAUGAUGGAUUUGUUCCCACCGAAGGAGGCCCAGAUCCCAUCGUCUGUGAUGUUGGGGUAUGUAUCAAAACCUGCUGUGCCAGUUCUAAAACCUGUUACUACGCACGCCGGGUUGGCUUGGACGUGGAAAGUUUCGAAGUUCAGACAGAAGACGGCUUCAUUAUAGACCUAUGGCAUGUCUAUGAUCCAAGGGAAUACACGGAACGGGACGUGGCAGACAGGUCUUAUCGUGGACCAGACCCUUUCACAGGUCAAUCCAGAAAACGCCUCAAAGACCCAGCCCAGAAACGCAAGUUUCCUGUUCUCCUUAUGCAUGGUCUGCUUCAGAGUGCCGGUGCAUACUGUGUGAACGAUGAUGACUCCUUGGCCUUCUAUCUUUGCAAGUCCGGUUACGAUGUCUGGCUUGGCAACAAUAGAUGUGGCUUCAAUCCUAAACAUGUGCUUUUGGAUUAUUCAGACCCACGGAUGUGGUGUUGGAAUAUUCGACAGAUGGGUAUUUUUGACUUGUCGGCUCUCACAUCUCGCGUUAUCCGCGAGACGAGCUUCAGCAAGAUUGGUUUAAUUGCCCAUUCCCAGGGCACCACCGAGACAUUCGUGGCUCUUGCAAAGGAGCAGAGGCCAGAGUUGGGCGAGAAGUUGACCGUCUUCUGUGCUCUUGCGCCGGCUGCUUAUGCAGGUCCUUUGAUUGGAAAAAUGUAUUUCAAGUUCAUGCGAGUAAUAUCGCCCGCUUUGUUUCGCCUCAUGUUUGGCAUCCAUGCAUUCAUCCCCUUGAUGAUGGUAAUGCAUUCCAUGUUGGAUCCUCGCAUUUAUGGCUGGCUUGGAUACAAAGUCUUUUCUUUUCUGUUUGAUUGGACCGAUGCCCGCUGGGAUCGAGCGCUGAAGAACCGCAUGUUUCAGUUUGCACCUGUUUAUGUUAGCAGCGAGUCUAUGCGUUGGUGGCUUGGACGAGAGUGUUUUGCCAAACAUAAAUGUAUCCUCUUGACGAAAGACCAGUGGCGCUCUGAAGAAAGAGAAGAUAUCGAAGGCGAGACGGACGGCCCACUAGGUCAUCUUCAUGAUUCUAAUACGUUGCAAAAGCGGCCCGCAGUCUCACGCAAGUCUGCCGACCCCACAAAGCGAAAGCCCAAAGGCUCAACUGCAUGGUAUAAUGAGCAAGCGCCUCCCUUUGCGUUGUGGGUAGCCGGCAAUGAUAAUCUAGUCGAUGGGGAGAAGCUUCUCCGCCGCUUUGAGCGAGGCCGAGAGCCUCAUGUCAAGGUGGUUCACAGCAAAGUUAUUCCCGACUAUGAACAUUUGGAUGUUAUAUGGGCAAUGGACGUCAUUAGCCAAGUGUUUGAGGAAGUUCGAGAAGUUCUGUGGAAGACUUGUGACGCUAGAGAUCAGUGCAGGGUACCGACAGGAUGUGAAUCAGUCUCAGCGUGGGCGCCAUCAGAAACCAAAAUAGACGAAGCUGAGCAGUCGAGUAGUGACUCGCCCUGAAACAUUCAACCUGCUGGCCUGGCAAGUCCGAAUACACCGAAAGUGAUCCGGGCCGCAGUGGCAUCGAGUAUCCGUAACAACGUAUCUGUUCUGUUCUACUUGGGAUUGGAUACGUAGAUGACCUCGAGCACAUGUAAUCUAAUAUAACGUUAAUCAAAUAUGAGGACCUGUUUUCUCUUUUCUUUUCUUUUCUUUUUUUUCUUCUUUUCUUUCUCCCCAGUAUCGGAGGCUAUUCCCAUAUUUCCGAACUCGUCUUGCCUGACAAGGCCCAGAUCUGGCACAGGUAAGUACCAGUACACAUACAUGUACACUUCCCCGCGCGUCGCACACCCCGGCGGCCGUUUUGUGCUAACCUUACUGUGUAGUGCUAUUGGCCCCCCAAGUAGCUGGAUCCGGAGUUAGCUUGGCCUGGGGUGCCGAGGCCAAGCGAAGCCCCCGGACCGGUUGCGCCCACCGGUGUCCUACCCGCUGUGUACUAUUGAUCACGCGCGAUACCGUAGUACCGAGGUAUCCAUCUACUUAUACCUCGCUUCGACGUGUCACGCCGUAGACAGAACUCGCUGCCUCUCAAACGCCAGACAUUGCAUCUAUCUUUC